AUGGAUUAUGCAUUGGAAUUUUCACAGCAAUACUGGAAACAGCAAGCACAUCUUGAAGCGAGAAAAAAUCGAGAACGAAGAUAUCAACAAGGAAGAGGACCAUGCAAUAUCUUUAUUCUAGAUACGUCCUCAAAUCUCGGGGAAGAGGGCUUCAUAAAAAUGAAAGAGACAUUCUGCACAAUCAUGGAUGAAUAUGCAAAACAUCCAGAGAUCGAUGAAAAUGUGGCUGUGUUGAUUUGUGGAAAAAUAACAACUUUCAAGCAUUAUUACUCUAAUCAGUACAAUCGAUUAAAGCUUUGUAUCGAUGAUGUCGAAUAUGGUGGACCUUGUCCUCUUACAGCAGCAUUUAUUUUGUCUGAGGGAGGAAUUUGUGAGGGUGCAGGCUACUCAAAGAUGACGGGGCAUUUUCACAUACAUCCACGUCUUAUUCUUAUUUCUUCUGGGAGACCUACGGAUUUUACCGCGAUGAAUGACUUUAAAAAUAUGGCAGCACAUAGCCCCGCUAAGGUGAGAGACCAUUUGUAUCAGAUGGCAAGAAAUAUAGGACGAUUCCAUCCAAUUUUUUGUAUUCCAGUCGGUAAACGUCCUGACAUGAAAAUUGCUGCAAUAUUAACAUUUUCAAAUACCUUCGAUAUACUAGAUAGAGGGACGGUAAUGCAGCUGAUGUCUCAAGCUAUGCCCGCGAGGGAAUUCACCGAAAUGGAUAAGGACGAUAUUUUCGAAAUUUGUUCAUUGAAAUCAGUAUUUAUAUCAAUGGAUGAGAUCCAAGCUGAGAAUGAAAAGAACGAGGAGCAAAAUCUCUUCCAAUUCAUGGAUCCCAGUAUGCCACCCUUAGGAAGUAGAGUUAAAAGAGGUCCAGAUUGGAUGUGGAAAAACCAGGAUCAACGCGGCCCCGGAACAGUAGUUGCACAUUCCGAUGAUGCUGGAUGGUUGAUUGUGCACUGGGACAUUGGCACUUCAGCAAGUUACAGAUAUGGAACAACUACUGCUGAAAAAGAUAAAUACGAUAUUGUUGUUUGCCUAGAACCACGAAUAUUACACAAUGAACUAAUUGCUGUUGGAUGUUUGGUAAGAAGAGGUCCAGAUUGGAAUUUUGGCGAUCAAGAUGGUGGAACAGGAAGUAUUGGUGCAGUGUAUAAAGUAAAACCAGACGGAGUUGUUGACGUUAGCUGGUCAAAUGGGAGCAAAGGAAACUACAAAUAUGGUUCAGAAGGAGAGUUUGACUUGACUUUAUGUGAUCCUUUCUCACCGGAGGCACAAAUUUAUUUGAAAGAGCAGAGGGGACGCGCUGCCUCUAAGCUUUCCAAAUCAUUACAGUAUAUCUAUUGCGAUGCUACAGCUGAAGACUGUGAUGGUACAGCAAACAGAAAAAUGGCUCAAAAUCACGAAGUGGCCAAAACAGUUUUAGUACUCAAAACACCGAAAGGACGAUAUUUUAAGAAUGACUCUAUAGAUGAUGACAUACAUUCGGAUAUAGAAGAAGAUUGUUCUGCUGUAGAGACACUAUCUCUUAAUUGUGAUCACUGGUUAUGGAAAGAUAAAGAUGGAAUCUGGAAUCAUUAUCCAAAGAAGAUAAAUGACAAAAUCAUGAAGUGCUACAAAAGAAGUCCUAAUUCUACUGUUGUGAUCUUAUUCAAAGAACAUCUGUAA